AUGCAGGGCGCAAACGGCCCCAACGUUAUUAUUACCUCCACCCCUCCAGGCCAGGCAACCAGGGUCUUCGCCGCUUUCGGGCAAGCCAACUCCUUGACAUUCAUUCAUCUCAUCUUAACCAUCUUCAUCAUCUUCAUCACUAAACAAAGGUCGAUGCCAUCGAGAUUGGCUGCGCCCAGCAGAAACACCAACCAGUAUUGUUGCCCGCAUGGCUUCCCCCGUGAUCUCAAGGCCAUUCCGCACAAGGGCAAGGGGAUGGAGAAAAUUCAGGGCUAUGAGCUUGCGACAAGCCACUUAUUGUUGUCACCUCAUCACACUACCUCCCAGCGCACUCUCACGCCCAAUCCUCACAUUUUUGCCAUGCUCUUCCACCCGUACUCGGACGUGGUGUGCUACCACCUUGCCGCCGCCAACCCCAAUGCAUCUGGUAGGCUCUUUGCAGAGGUGAGGAGCUGCAGCUAUGUGAAGAAUUCAUCAUACCCGCCUCUUCGCCCAAGAGUGCCCGCCCCCAAGCAGCUACUCAGAACUGCUCUUGCGCCCGGCGCCGCUGCCAAUCGCUCCGCGACCCUUCCUCGCCUCCCUCUUCCGAUGAGUGCUCCCGGCCGCGCCUCCUGCGCGGCUUCCCGCCCUGGCCACCACAGCCGUUUGCUGCACCACGCCCACGGGCCCGUCUCCUUCCUCAAUCCGACGCGCGGAGUGCUUCAGCCAACGGCGGACACGCCAACCCCCCAGGGCGAGGAGACCGACGCUGCCGCGGCCUCGCCCGCCCGGCCGCCCACCGCCGACGCCGCCGGCAAGCAGCCACCCGGCCUUGACGGGGUGCACUUUCUCUGGCGGUCGCGGGAUAACCGCAAAGGCCGACACCCGAUCCAGGUGCACAGGCGGUCCCCCAGCGGCGCCCGCGCGCCGCGCCGGUCGUCGCAUCCCAGAGAGGUGCUGAGGGGCGUGGUCCGCACGUUGACCGAGUUUCCCGUGUGGGACAUUUCCUGGCUGGUGGCCUGUAUCUUUACCUGGGGCAGCGUAGUCUGGGUCAUCAAUGGAUUCUUUGCUUGGCUGCCGUUGGUGCGGCCCUCGACAAGGUUCCCAGGCGAGGCCGACUACGGCGGCGGCAUCACGGCCUUUAUCGGCGCCAUUCUCUUCUUUGAGCUCGGCUCCGUGCUCCUCAUCCUCGAAGCCAUCAAUACCAACGACGCCGCCUGUUUCGGCUGGGCCGUCGAGGAGCUGCUGGCCCCCGACGACCACGACUCCCCCGCCGGCGGCGGCGGCGCCGCCGCAACCUACGUCGCCAGCCCGGGCCUCUGCCAGCACCACCACCAAAACAAGCACAACCUCGUCGGCGCGCCGCAGUCCCGCGUCCCCGCCCCCGCGGGCAGCCCGCCCCGGCGCUGGAAGUGGCGCGUCUCCUGGCACGACCUCCGCCACCGCUACAUGUACGAGCUCGGCUUCCUCGCGGGUGCGGCGCAGCUCAUCGGCGCCACCAUCUUUGGCGUCGCCGGCUUCACCGCCCUGCCGGGCAUCGCGGAGCACCUCACGCCGCAGUGGCGGCUCAACGCCGCCUACUGGAUCCCGCAGGUCGUCGGCGGGUGCGGCUUCGUCGUCAGCGGGCUGCUGUACAUGCUCGAGACGCAGGACCGCUGGUGGCGGCCCGCGCCGCGGUUGCUCGGCUGGCACAUUGCGUUUUGGAACCUGAUUGGAGCCGUGGGCUUCACGCUGUGCGGCGCGCUCGGCAUGGCGUACGGCAGCACCGGCGCGCAGUACCAGGCGGCGCUGGCGACAUUCUGGGGCUCUUGGGCGUUUCUGAUAGGCAGCUACCUGCAGCUCUACGAGAGCCUAAACAAGCACCCCGUCGAGGAUGUCAAGGCAACCGGCGACAAGGAAGCGCCGUGUUGA